AUGGAAAAGUCGGGGACCCUGCGGGUGCGCCUGCAGGGGCGCAGCGUGGGCAAACACGCAACGCACAGGUUUGACGUCUCUGCUGUCUAUCCCAACCAGAAGUUCAGCACCUUCAGGGAGGCCCCGUACUGCAGGGUUUACUCUGUGGACGUGUCCCACAUAGGACCUGGGACCUAUGGCUGCAAGGAGACCUGCUUCAGCAUCAAGAAGUUGAAGAAGGAGGUGGGCACAGGCUGCGCCAAGGCCCAGGAAGCCAGCCGGCUGACGCAGCUGCCCCGCUUCCAGUGGGCCAUCCUGAAAGAGAAGCGGCAGCAGAAGGAAGAGCUGGGGCCUGGCUCCUACAGCUCCAAAGACUUCUUAGAAGAGUUGCAGGAGAAACCGGGCAGCAUCUGGGGGCUGCUCAGCUCCGGGGAGGUUUGCUUCCGAGGACUCAUUGGGAACUACUAUCCAGGCCCUGGAAAUUAUGGGGAGAAGGGCAACCCAUACACGAAGCUGGAGGAGAGUGCCUGGAACUGGUCUCAUUCCAAGGGCCUCAUGUGCAGGAUGACCAACAAACCGCCCCCCUUGGCUCAUCAGGGGAGCAGUCUGACACUGGGCACCUACACCUUCAAAAGUGGCAUCGAGGCGUACCUGGUGCGAUCCAUGGGUACCCACAUCCUCUAUGACACUUUCUCUGGUGACCGAAGCAAGCUCCAGCCUUAUGGACAUUACUCUGUGCAGGUAAAAAAACGGCCCAGGGAACUGAUGAAUUUCAAGAGCUUCGUGGAAGAACUUAACUCAUGUCACAAUAAGAAGCGUGGAGUUUUUUCAAAAGUUCCCCACAACCCAGAAGCCCCUCCAGAAAGAAUUUAUUGGGCCACAGUUAGCCAGUGUCCCCCCAAACUAGCCACAUCUGGUCCCAGUACGUGGCUUCCUCCAGAGAAGGAACGCAAACGCAUCAACCAACCACCGUUCCUGCCAUCUCCCAAGCGGAUAGGCAUAAAGGCCUCCCAGAUGAUUCUGGGAACCUGGACCAUGCUAUGCAGAGUGAGCAGUGAUGCUGCCCUACUGCUUUGGAGGAAGAUUCGAGAGUGA